AUCAUUGCUCAGGAACGACUACAGUCAUAUGGAGCAUGUACACCACAGAAUCAAAAAGUGAACAUUUGGAGGAUGAAAACUUCCAAACAUCUACAACUCCUCAGACUAGGAAAUUCCCAGGCGGAGGAGCUCCACAGGUCACCAGUGUGGCUGUUUCGGCCAGUGCGGCUGUGCUGGCCGGCGCCGCUGCUUUGCCCCACGCGGCUGCUUUGUCGGUGCCCCGGAGCAGCAGUUCUCCGUACAAAAUACACCAGUCCGGGAGCCCUUUUGGCUGGCGACUGGAGCCACGGGAAGUCGCCCAUUCUUCAUUUAUUCCAGCCAUUACCUCCUCUAAUACAUUUAUGUCAAAUAUCAAUCGACUUAUCCUUUCAAUACAAAGAUUUAGAGUUAUACUCAUUACGAUUUGGUGUAUGACCUGGUCAAUCUUAGGCUCUGAAGCUCUCCCUGGUGGAAAUUUGUUUGGAUUGUUAAUUAUUUUUUAUAGCGCCAUUAUUGGGGGAAAAUUUUUAGAACUCAUUAGAAUACCUUUAGUGCCUCCACUUCCACCUCUUCUUGGGAUGUUGCUGGCUGGUUUUAUAAUUAGGAAUGUUCCAUUCAUCAGUAAACAUGUCCAUGUCGAUAGCACAUUGUCUUCAGUUUUAAGAAACAUUGCCCUUACUGUUAUUCUAAUACGAGCUGGGCUUGGACUUGAUCCACAGGCUUUGAAGCAAUUGAAGGGGGUUUGUUUCAGAUUGGCAGCAGGUCCAUGCCUUAUAGAGGCAAGUGCAGCUGCUGUUUUUUCCCACUUCAUUAUGAAAUUUCCUUGGCAAUGGGCAUUUCUAUUAGGUUUUAUUCUAGGUGCUGUCUCUCCUGCUGUUAUUGUCCCUUCCAUGCUGCUGUUGCAAGAAAAUGGAUAUGGUAUUAAGAAAGGCAUUCCAACCUUACUGAUGGCUGCUAGCAGUAUGGAUGACAUUCUGGCUAUCACUGGAUUCAAUACAUGCUUGAGCAUAGUCUUUUCCACGGGUAGUAUAGUUCAUAAUAUCCUAUCCUCUAUAAGGAACGUAUGUGUUAGUCUGCUGGCAGGAAGUGUUUUGGGAUUUUUUCUUCGAUAUUUUCCAAGUGAAGACCAGGAAGAACUUUCAUUGAAGAGAGGAUUUCUUAUUUUGACCAUGUGUGUUUCUGCUGUCUUAGGCAGCCAACGUAUUGGUUUACUUGGAUCUGGAGGAUUAUGCACACUAAUGAUGAGUUUCAUUGCAGGGACAAAAUGGUCCCAAGGAAAGAUGAAAGUCCAAAAGUUUAUUACAAAUGUAUGGGAUAUUUUUCAACCACUUCUUUUUGGUUUAGUUGGAGCAGAAGUAUCUGUUUCAUCUCUUGAAUCAAAUACUGUUGGCAUAUCUGUUGCUACUGUGAGUUUGGCAUUAUGUGUUCGAAUUUUAAUCACAUAUCUAUUGAUGUGCUUUGCUGGUUUUAGUUUUAAGGAGAAAAUAUUUAUUGCUUUCGCAUGGUUGCCCAAAGCUACAGUCCAGGCUGUAUUAGGUCCUCUGGCUCUAGAAACAGCAAGAAUCUCCGCACCCAACUUGGAAUCAUAUUCGAAGGAUGUGAUGACAGUAGCAUUUUUAGCCAUCUUGAUCACAGCUCCAAAUGGAGCUCUACUCAUUGGCAUUCUGGGGCCUAAAAUGCUUACACGCCAUUAUGAUCCAAGCGAAAUAAAACUGCAAUUGUCAACCUUAGAUAAACAUAAUUAAAAAGUUUACUUGUCAUUAUCUGCCUGCUUCUUUUAAUGAAUUAUUUUACAAGAAUUGUAAAGUAGAAAUAUGUGAAGACUAUACAGAGAAUGCAGGAUUUAGUAAACAUGUGAUCUCAGUAUAGGGCUUUUCUUGGAUCUUUUACUCCAAA